UGAUGAUUGCAAAAAUUUAAUUAGUUUGAUUCUAUAUAGCUUUCUAGUUAGAAUGAAAUUAAUUUUAUUGUUUCUAUUUUGGGGCAUUUGUGCCCAAUUAGCUCUUUCGGACGCUCAAAGCAUCGAACGGAGGCCAAGACAGUUCAUCGAAUAUAAGCUUACUCCUGACAGUCGAAACAGUUUCUUGGAACAUUUUCAAACUUUCAUCGAGAACAUAAUCGAAGAUGCAACCAAUUUCAUCAAAGAAUUCGCCGACAAAACAGCGGAAAUCAUGGCUCAGAUUCAAAGCCAAAUUGAAGGUAUCGCAGCUGUGGCGCAAGAUACAAUGAAUAAGCUUACCAAGGACGUCCAGGAUUUGGUGGACGCAUGGAACAAGGAAGGAGAACUGGCCCAAAAUUGCACCAUGGUCUACGCUCCUCUAAUUGAAGAAGCCGUCAAUAUUUCCACUCAGGCUUUUCAAGCUUGCAUCCAAAAUGCGACGGAAGCGGCUAAUGAAAUUGGCAAUGCGAUCAGACCGAAUAUUGGCGAACUACUCACCUGCGUGAAAGAACUUCAAGGCCUGGUUGAUGAGUGUUUCCAAAAUUCCAGUAACGUAUUUGAAGGGAUCUCAUGCGUUGUGGGAAAGGGAAAUGAAAUCAAAACUCAUGUGUUACAAGUAGUGAUGGAUAUCAAAACCAUCAUUGUCACUUCGACUAAUAAAGGCUUCGCCAUUGUCAGCAAUACUGGAAAGUGUCUCAACACGGCAGUGGACGAGUACCAAAAUUCAAUAGCCUCAUUGCGUGAGAAACUUAAAAAUUGUGUCCUGGAAGGGUUUUGGUAAUCAAAACUUAAUAAAUAAUAUUCAAAAUCCAUUACAAGAUGUAUUAGUGAACUGGAUAUCAAAGUAUAUAGUUGCAAAUAGAAUAUAAAUGCAAGGACGAA